AAGAAAGAAGAACUAACUAUUUGGCUGAUCGAAAGGAUUGGAAGGCCAGGAAGAACGCGUUUGAUAACAAUAAACGCAAUGUCUAUGGAAUGAUUAUGAAGAUGUGCACCGAUCAUAUGGUGGACAAGCUUGAGCGAGAAGCUGACUUUGAUAACAAACUGUUCAAUGAUCCUGUGGAGCUAUUGAUGCGGAUCAAGAAAUUUUCGACGACUACUGUUGAUACAAAAUGGGAAUAUUUUGAUCUAUGGAAGACCAUGAGCAAUCUGAUUAAUUGCCAUCAAAAGGAGAAGGAAAACAUUGCGAGUUUUCGUAAACGAUUUGAAGAAAGGGCGAAGGCAUUACAAGCUUUGCUUGGUGAUGAUUUUUUGGACAAAUUUACUGAGAAGAGUCAGGAAUAA